GCACACGUAAAAAUACAACAUUUUUCUAAAAAUUACAGAAUUAGUACUGGCUACUUAAAUAACAUAAGCAAGAUAGUGAAGAAGUAACAAAAUCUAGUGACAAAACUAAUAAUGUAAAUACAGGUGAACUGGCUGCAAAUUUAAGAUGUUUUCAUAACAAUUGUACAAUAUCCAUCCAAAAAUAAAAAAACAGCCAAAUCUCUGUACACUAAUACCAAAAAGUUUGUACUGCCAAAUGUCUGACAGAUUUUGCGGCAAAACAAAGAACUUUACGAUAAACAAAAUAAGUUACUGAACUAAAAAUAACAGUCUCUGAAUUAAAGGAAAUUAUAAAAUACAGUAGAAAAUCCAGAUGGUGGUGUUUAUUGCUGCUGUUUACAAUAUUUAUCUACUUUGUAUUGUGAGCUACCUAGGCUGUUAACAGUGAUGCUAGUUAUUUGGAGGAUAUUCUAGUCUUGAUGCUUGUGGGUUUUGGGAUUUCACUGGACAAGGUUGUGGAGACCAUUGUAAUUCAUUCAUAAGAAGGAGGAGAGAGCAGCAGGAUACAAAAUGCCUUAUUUGCAGAACUCCCAAGAUUUAAAAGCUAAUUAAAACUAGAACAUCAGUAGACAUAGGGAAAAACUGUACAAUUGGCUGAGGAUGCAAGAGUAGUUUUCUAUGACGCGGUUUUUCCAUGGCCACUCAUGUCAAUGAUUAGGAGGUGACUGUAUCUGCAGGACUGUAUCUGUGUCAGCAGUGCCCUUUAAUUUAAAAAAAUGUGCACUGAACAGUUGGGGCCUGUUUUCUACUCAUACAAGUGCAUACAAGCAAUUCUGAAAGUUGUUGAAACCUAGGGGUAGCAAUUCAUAACUCUUGUGAAGGUAUGUUUCAAAUAGUGCCCAAUUGCACAUUUCAACCUCUAUUCCAGUGAAUAUGACGAGACUAAAUCUGCUUGCAAUAGUGGCAAAGUCUGCAGUGCUGAGGUAUAGCUGUAUACGGUAAGAAGACUUACCUAAAAUGAAAAGAUAUGUGUGUGUGUGUGUGUGUGUGUGAUCCACAAAAAAACACAAAAUGUAUGUAUCAUAUUGUACCAUGUGUCAUGUUCAAAUGUUUUUUUUUCUAACUCUAAAACGCUGAAUGACUAAUCCCGUUACUAUACAGAGACAGAAACUAGAGACAAAGAAAAGAAGAAACCAAGUAAAAUGAACCAUGUUAAUUCUAAAUUUAAAAAAAUUUAAAUUUGAAUAUUAAAAUAAAACAUGUAGGCAUUGUAUGAUUCUCAGAAAAAAAAAGACAUAGAAGCACAAUGUGUUAAAUAAAUAAUAAAAAACAGUUAUCAGUAAUCUCCACCCACAACGCCACAACAACUUCCUGACAAGCGCAAUAAAGAGACUCUGACUAAUUCUGCAGCCAGUGUCCUACAAGUCUGGACAGGAAACCACCCCACAGUUGUAAAUGUAGAAGAUUACAGAGAACUUUGGCUGGAUUUAUUUUUUUUUUUAACUUUUUUUGGCUUUUUUAUUUAAAGAUGGGCUUAACUAAUUGUAUUGAUUGUGACCACCAACAGAAAAAGAACGAUAGAUGGAAAAUUGAGUGAAUGGCAGGAAUCCAAGAGGAGACGAAUAUGUGGAGACUGCUUUUGAUACUCUUCUAUGCGUUUGUGCUGGCGGACUCAAGCCAUGCUCAAGACAGACAAAACUGUACCGUAGUAACAACGAGUGCCCUUGGUCCAAGAACAUUUUAUGGGAAAAAAGCUAUAAGUGCAAACGAACAUAAUGCCACCCUAGAUAUACCAAAGAUUAACAUCUCCAACAACCAUGUGGAAUACACAUCUGGAUUUGUCAGCACCAGGAUCAUUCCAGUAGCUUAUGUGAUUGCUAUUAUAAUAGGAAUUCCUUCAAACACCCUGGUACUGGCAUUUCUCAGUCGGAAGACUAGAAGUUUGUCUAGUGCAAUCCUCUACUUAAGCCUAUCAGCUUCAGACCUUCUCCUCCUGCUCUCUCUCACACUUAAAGUGCACUACCAUCUGAACGGCAACAACUGGGUAUUUGGAGAACUUGCCUGCAAACUUGUGACAGCCUGCUUUUAUGGUAACAUGUACUGCUGCAUACAUACCCACAUGUGUGUUAGCAUGUUACGGUAUUUAGCUGUGGUACAUCCAUUCCUGUACAGAAGACUCUCCAAAAGAUCUUGCACAGCCUGGGCAAGCCUGACCGUGUGGAUUGUUUUCGCUAUGGCCAUGGCUCCGGAAUUUCUCACUCAUCAAAGCCAUUACCUCACCGAGGUUGGGAUCGUCACAUGUCAUGAUGUUCUGCCUUACGACGAGAAACUAUACAACUUCCUGAUUCCUUAUAGAUUAUGCCUCAUUUUUCUAGGCUUCAUAUUUCCUUUCACAAUUAUCAUAUUUGCCUACACAUCCAUUGUACAUCAGCUACACAGGUCUAGCUGUGAUUUUACGUAUUAUAUCAAGGCAAGCACACUUGUAUUUGUGAUCUUCUUAGUGUGUUUCACUCCAAGUAACAUAAUCCAUUUGAUACAUUAUGUGAGACUGUAUACAAGCAAGCAAGACGACUUCUAUAAUUAUUUCAGUGUAGCUGUGUGUGUCUGCUGCUUUCACAACUGCCUGGACCCAUUCCUCUCUUAUUUUAUAACAAAGACUCCAAAUUCCAGGGUGGAAUUUACGUCCCUUGCAAGAACAUCUCUGAAGAGUUCAGUGAUGAUCUAAACAACUGGGAAGAGCAGUUUUUGGUGUUAUCAAGGGUAGGCAGGGGGUGGUCUAGAUCCAAAAUAGCUGAACAAUAGUUACAGGAUGUUAUUGUUAUUUAGGAGAAAAGUGAGGCAUAUGAACAACUACACUGCAAACCCAUACCCAGUAAAAUGGAAAUACAUUUAAGUCAACCAUAUUCUAACUUCACUACAUUCUAACUUUAAUUCACAAUUCACAUUCUAAACCUUGUUAAAAUAUAUCUGACAUACUUUGGGCAUAAAUAUAAGGACAGGAGUGUUUGACACACUCCUCGGCCUGGGCCACAUGCAUCUAUUCUAUAGUAUAACACAGGUUACUUCAGUAAUCUGGGCUUCUAAAGCAGAAUGUGUGAUGUUUCAAGAAAAAAAAAUCUUAAAAGACACUUUAAUCAACUGUAUGCACAAUUAGGUUAUAACACAUUAUACUGAUUAAAGCAGUUUCUCAAUUUAUGAAUAUAAAAACGAUGCCAUUUUAUAUAGGAUAUAUUUCCAUUUUGGUACUGGCAGACAGUAAUUCUUUGGAAAAAAAAUGCUGUCUCUUCCUCUGCUGUUGUUUUUCUAGAAAUAUUGUUUUGUUUGUAAAGGCUUUUUUCAGCUUUAAACAUGAGUCAUAUAUGGAGCUUCCAUAUUCUUUUUCACAGUGUUGAUGUAACAUGUAUUUCUUUGUGUGCUACAUCUUCAUUAAAAAAAAAUUCACAUUCUCAAUCUCUCCAUCAAUCUUACUUCAUCUUGACAUUUUUGUACACUAGUGGCUAUUGGCCAUUUACAUUUUUUUACUUUAG